AUAAUCAUAAGCUUUUUGACAAAAGCAGUGUAAAGAUGUUUAAGUCAGUGAUAAUUUUUGUUUUCCUCAUCAUUUCAACAGUUGUAAUACCAACAUCUUCAACGUGUACUCAGUACACUGAUCGACUUUACGAUACACACCAGCCAUCAAAUAGUAAUAAUAAUAAUUUGGCACCUUAUUUAGUUAGUAUAAGAUUAAAUGAUGUCCAUAUUUGCAGUGGUGCAAUAAUUACACCAGAGGACAUUUUAACGUCAGGACAGUGUGUCUAUCCUAUAGUAGAUUCUAAAACUCAUGAAUUGGUUUCAAUUCACCUUGGGAGUACAAAUCGUUAUAAAAACGGCUCAAUAUAUUACAUUUCAUCUAUUAAAGUGAAGGAAUCAUUUUCAGCGAAACGUGGUCAAGUGCCAAUAUUUGAUAUUGCAACAAUUCGUCUUUCGGAACGUAUUAUUUUUCAUGAGACUCGUAAUCAAGCUUGCAUAGGUGAAAGAAACACUGAAAAAUCUACGAUAAUUAAUCAGCAAGCGGUUGUCGCCGAGUGGAUUGAUAACAAAUUCGAGACAUUGAAUAAUUUACAGUUAACUAAUUGGACUAUUAUAUCGGAUGAAGAGUGUGAUAAUUAUUAUUCAUUUAUGGGUAAAGUGACAAAUGAUGCAAAGAUUUGUGCAGUCAAUAUGGAUAGAGAUGGUGAUGUGAAUAUGUGUCCUGGUGAUUUAGGAAAUCCUUUGAUUGUCGAUGGUAAACUUGUAGGUUAUAAAAUGUGGCGAAUGGGUUGUAAUUUUCCUGAAGCACCGGUUAUUUUUCGAUUAAUUCUUCAUACUUACUAUUAUGAUUGGAUGAAAAAUAAUAUUCACGGGAAUUUAUGCUAGUUUAGCUAUAAUAACUAUUUGAAGAGUAACAAUAAAAAAUAAAUUUUUAUAAUCAAGAAAGAAAUUUCAUUCAAUUUUAUAUUAUAUUUUAGAUGUUAAGUACGAUGUGCUGAAUAAAUUUUUAAACCUAAGUAAUUAUUGUACAUUUUUUUUUAUCGAUAUUAAAACAACUAUAAUCUAUGUCGUCAUUGUAAAACCAAGUGUGUUAUAAGUGUAUUAUUUUAACACAUAUUAAAUGUAUUCCAUGUUUAAGGCCGUAAGCAAAACUACAGUUUUUUGUAGUCACUUAAAACACGUUUUACGGUGUGUUAAAUAUCUAUAGAUUGCUUAUAAUGUUUCAAUGUUAUUUGGGAAGUCUGUUAAUAUCGACUACACACUUGACUUUUGAAUGAUUACAAUUCUGAGAAGUUUCAAUUCAAAUGACUCUUUAGACUUAUAAUUACCCGUUAAAUCGUCAAAAAUUGAUUUAAAAUAAUUGUUUCGUUAAAAAUUAUUAGCCCACUUUACAAUUUUUUAGUAAAACAUUACACUGAAAAAAAAAAUUUGCUAUCAUAACAAAAAUCAAGACUACGCAGCUAUUUGUUAUGAUAACAAAACUAUCUUGGUUAACGCAACGAAGUGACAUUUGUUGUGGUAAGUAAAGUGAAGUUGCUGUUGUAACAAAUGAUAUGUGUUGAGGAAAAAUUUUUCGAACACGCAUAGAAUUCUGUGCUUUAAUUAGGUGAACAAUAUCAUUAAGAAUUUAUCACGAGUUUUUUAUUUUUGACAUAAAUUGUGUUUGUAAAUUAUGGUUAAAAUAUUAAACGCUAUUUAUUUUGAAAAUUAUACCAAUAUGUCUAAGUAUAGCUAAGGGCGCCUUGAAGAAGUGAUUUUUUUGACUCAAGAGAAUAUAUCAAGAAGCGAUUAUAUCUUAGGUGAAGUAAAAUUUUCCCGAGUCAAAAUAUUUUUCUUAUCUUAGGAAUUUCUUUCUGUUCUAAAACAACUCAGUUCUAUCUGAAAGAUUUCUGGUUCCAGUAAACUUUUUUUUCCAUCUAGUACAUUGCUAAGGUUGAUAGUCUGUAUUGGACAUAGUAGUGAACGUGAUGCUUGGCCGAAUUUGGACAGACAGUUAUUUUCCAGAUAACAAUUGUGAACAAAGUUUUUUGAGUUACGUUCUUACUUAUUUACUAAUUCUUGCAAAAUUAGUAAUUCUUAAUGAUAUUGUUCACCUAAUUACAACACAAAAUUCUAUACGUACACUGUUAAAAGUAUUUAUUUGAGCCAAAUAAGGUUUAUUAAUAGUUAAUAAAUGAUUUAUUAAAUGAGAUUUAUUUGAGCCAAAUAAGAUAUUUUUAAAUAAUAGUUAAUGAAUGGCUUAUUUGAAUAGAAAUAAAUGACACAUGAAGUUAAGGUUAUAACCUUGAAUGGAA